CACUUGCACAGCACUCCACUGGUGACCGAUGGAGUGAUGAUAAGUAGCAAGACCGUUAACUGCUUCAAUUUUUCUUCUACACAGUCCAUACCCAAAUGAGACCUGAAAACUGAAAAGUUGAGCAGCGAAAGCAUAGCGCCAAUAAACUAGCAACUAACAGCAGAGAGAUAGGGCAUGACAAUGGCAUCGUUACCUGAACCAUAUCCACCAUGCCUGCAGAGCCGCUCGAACCCUAUUUCUAUCUACUCCUUUCCCAUGAUCUUAUCUUUCCGAUUUCAUCAAACGACAUCGCUUAGUCAGCCCAUACGUGCGCUAAAGACUGGAUCCGACGGGCUGAGGAAACCGAUUGUUCCUACAGGGAAGGAGUUAGGUGGAAUUUCUGAAGACGAAGAGGAUAGUGAUGAGGAGAGAGAUUAUAAAGAAGAGGAUGAUGAGGAAUGGGUCGAUUGGGAGGACCAGAUUUUGCAGGAUACUGUUCCUCUUGUCGGCUUUGUUAGAAUGAUUCUUCACUCUGGCAAAUAUGAAAAUGGGGAUAGAUUAAGCCCAGGGCAUGAGAGAACCAUUGUUGAGAAGUUGCUUCCUUAUCAUCCGGAGUAUGAAAAGAAGAUUGGAUGUGGAAUUGAUUAUAUUACAGUUCGGAAUCAUCCUGAUUUUGAAAGGUCGCGAUGUUUGUUUAUAGUUCGAAAAGAUGGAGAAUUGGUUGACUUCUCUUAUUGGAAAUGCAUAAAGGGUCUUAUCAGGAAGAACUAUCCACUAUAUGCAGACAGCUUUAUUCUCAGACAUUUCCGCCGACGUAGCCAGAUUUGAUGGAAGGGAACCAGAUGAAUCGCAAUCAACUUGGAUGUUAUUGUUGGAGCAUGCAUAUUUUCAGUCCACGUGUCUCGAUUUAUCAACAAGUGUCCAAAAUGUUUUGGCUAUUGCUAUUGGGCUUUUUGAUGGAUAUGGUGCUGCCAACACUAAACCCUGGAUUCCGUGGUUUUUAACCUUUUAUCCAUUUACUGCUUGACACGUUUGCUCAUA